CCACUAUUAUCCUCCCUCCCGGCGCGCGCCCCCCGCCCGCUCGGCCGGGAGCGCGCGGCCGCCCGCCUGCCCGCUCGGCGAGGGAGCGAGACGGCGCUGCCGCCUGCCGCCGGCCUCUCUCCCCGCCGCACCGAUUCCCUCUCCAUGGACCUCGCGCCGCCCCGCUAGCCGGAUCUGCCCGCCCGCCGCUGCCGCUGGGGAGUAGCCGGCUGAGAGGGGGCGGGAGGGGGGUGGGGGGCGGAGGAAGGUGGGGUCGCGGAGUGUGUGACACGCGCGGGGAGCGGCGGCGGCGGCUGCGGCCCGCGGGAGGAGGAGCAGGGAGUCCCGGCGCGGCCGCGGGAGCCCCCGGGCGUGCGGCGGCGGCGCCCCAGAAAGGUGGCGGCGGUGGCGGCAGCAGCUGCGGUAGCGGUUGGGAUUUACCGUGGUGGUGGCGGUUGGCGCUGACCAGCAGGGGAGCGCGCCGCGCGGCGGGGACCGUGCCCGCGGCCCCCCCUCCCCCCUCCCUCGUCCCCCCUUCCUCUCUCCCUCCUGCCCCCCCUCCCCGGGGCCGCCGCCUCUCGGGCUGAUCCCCCCCGCCCGGACCAUGGCCGACGACGACGUGCUGUUCGAGGACGUGUACGAGCUCUGCGAGGUGAUCGGCAAGGGUCCCUUCAGCGUUGUGCGGAGAUGUAUCAACAGGGAAACAGGGCAACAGUUUGCUGUGAAGAUUGUCGAUGUAGCAAAAUUCACUUCAAGUCCUGGAUUAAGCACAGAAGAUCUGAAGAGAGAAGCCAGUAUUUGUCAUAUGCUGAAACAUCCUCAUAUUGUUGAACUAUUGGAGACAUACAGCUCAGAUGGAAUGCUUUACAUGGUCUUUGAGUUUAUGGAUGGAGCAGAUCUGUGUUUUGAAAUUGUGAAGAGAGCAGAUGCUGGAUUUGUGUACAGUGAGGCUGUAGCCAGUCAUUAUAUGAGGCAGAUACUGGAAGCUCUACGUUACUGUCAUGAUAAUAAUAUAAUCCACAGGGAUGUGAAGCCACACUGUGUACUGCUUGCCUCAAAAGAGAAUUCAGCCCCAGUAAAGCUUGGUGGUUUUGGGGUAGCAAUUCAGUUAGGAGAGUCUGGGCUAGUUGCUGGAGGACGUGUAGGAACACCUCAUUUUAUGGCCCCAGAAGUGGUAAAAAGGGAGCCUUAUGGGAAGCCUGUAGAUGUUUGGGGCUGUGGCGUGAUCCUUUUUAUCCUGCUAAGUGGUUGCUUGCCUUUUUAUGGAACCAAGGAAAGAUUAUUUGAAGGCAUUAUUAAAGGAAAAUACAAGAUGAAUCCUAGGCAAUGGAGCCAUAUCUCUGAAAGUGCCAAAGAUCUGGUACGCCGCAUGCUUAUGCUGGAUCCAGCAGAAAGGAUAACAGUAUAUGAAGCACUGAAUCAUCCCUGGUUAAAGGAGAGGGAUCGCUAUGCAUACAAGAUUCACCUUCCAGAAACAGUAGAACAAUUGAGAAAAUUCAAUGCAAGACGAAAACUAAAGGGGGCAGUACUAGCAGCUGUGUCAAGCCACAAAUUCAACUCCUUCUACGGUGACCCCCCAGAAGAACUGCCAGACUUCUCUGAAGACCCCACCUCCUCAGGACUUCUAGCAGCAGAAAGAGCAGUCUCGCAGGUGCUGGACAGCCUGGAAGAAAUUCAUGCACUUACAGACUGCAGCGAAAAAGACUUAGAUUUUCUUCACAGUGUUUUCCAGGAUCAGCAUCUUCACACACUACUAGAUCUCUAUGACAAAAUAAACACAAAAUCUUCACCACAAAUCAGGAAUCCUCCAAGUGAUGCUGUACAGAGAGCCAAAGAGGUAUUGGAAGAAAUUUCAUGUUACCCAGAGAACAAUGAUGCAAAGGAGCUAAAGCGUAUUUUAACACAACCUCAUUUCAUGGCCUUACUUCAAACUCAUGAUGUAGUGGCACAUGAAGUUUACAGUGAUGAAGCGCUGAGAGUUACACCUCCUCCCACCUCUCCAUACUUAAACGGAGAUUCGCCAGAAAGCGCCAACGGUGACAUGGAUAUGGAGAAUGUAACACGAGUUCGACUGGUGCAGUUCCAGAAGAACACAGAUGAACCAAUGGGAAUCACAUUAAAAAUGAAUGAGCUGAACCAUUGCAUUGUGGCAAGAAUUAUGCACGGAGGAAUGAUUCACCGGCAAGGUACACUACAUGUAGGGGAUGAAAUCCGAGAAAUCAAUGGAAUCAGUGUGGCAAAUCAAACUGUAGAACAACUACAAAAAAUGCUUAGGGAAAUGCGUGGAAGUAUUACCUUCAAGAUUGUGCCAAGUUAUCGCACGCAAUCUUCGUCUUGUGAGAGAGAUUCCCCCUCUACAUCCAGACAGUCCCCAGCUAAUGGUCAUAGCAGCACUAACAAUUCUGUUUCGGACUUGCCAUCGACAACACAACCAAAAGGACGACAGAUAUAUGUAAGAGCACAAUUUGAAUAUGAUCCAGCAAAGGAUGACCUCAUUCCUUGCAAAGAAGCUGGCAUCCGAUUCCGAGUUGGCGAUAUUAUCCAAAUCAUAAGCAAAGACGAUCACAACUGGUGGCAGGGUAAACUUGAGAACUCAAAAAAUGGUACUGCAGGUCUUAUUCCUUCUCCUGAACUUCAGGAAUGGCGAGUUGCUUGUAUUGCCAUGGAGAAGACCAAACAGGAGCAACAGGCCAGCUGUACUUGGUUUGGAAAGAAAAAAAAGCAGUACAAAGACAAAUAUUUGGCAAAGCACAAUGCAGUGUUUGAUCAAUUAGAUCUCGUCACAUACGAAGAAGUAGUAAAACUGCCAGCAUUCAAAAGGAAAACACUAGUCUUACUAGGUGCACACGGCGUUGGAAGGCGACACAUAAAGAACACACUCAUCACAAAACACCCAGACAGAUUUGCUUACCCCAUUCCCCACACAACCCGACCUCCAAAGAAAGAUGAAGAAAAUGGGAAAAAUUACUACUUUGUAUCACAUGACCAAAUGAUGCAGGAUAUAUCAAACAAUGAAUAUUUGGAAUAUGGCAGCCAUGAGGAUGCAAUGUAUGGGACAAAACUGGAAACAAUACGAAAGAUCCAUGAGCAGGGACUAAUUGCAAUACUUGAUGUAGAACCUCAGGCAUUGAAGGUCCUGAGAACUGCAGAGUUUGCUCCUUUUGUUGUUUUUAUUGCUGCACCUACGAUCACCCCAGGCAUUAAUGAGGAUGAAUCUCUUCAGCGCCUGCAGAAGGAGUCUGAAAUCUUACAAAGAACAUAUGCACACUACUUUGACCUAACAAUUAUCAACAAUGAAAUCGAUGAAACUAUCAGGCACCUGGAGGAAGCCAUCGAGCUUGUGUGUACAGCCUCACAGUGGGUCCCAGUCUCCUGGGUCUACUAGAGCAGUCCCGAGAGAAUUGAGGAGAAAAACAAAACAAAACAAAUCUGUUAUUACUGGGAACCACCUCAUACAUGGAAAACCUCUUCGUUAUUGACCUUGUGUCAACAGGUCUUGGCCCCUAGAGACUACCUAGAUGUAGUGUGACCUAAAAUAUAAUUAUUGUCAUGUCCGAAUAGAUAGGAGGAGGGGGAAAAAGAAAAACACUAAUUUAAAGAGACAGUAUCUUCCUUUUUUUUGUUUGGUUUUUGGGUUUUUUUAAUCAUUUCUCCUAAACAUUAAUAAAAAAAAAUGUAUCUUUAAAUGUAUGUAUUAUUCAGUCCUUUGGAAUGUCAUAUUUUGGGGAAAUCAUAGCUUUUUAUUUCAAGGGCCCCUGAAAACUGCACAAAAUAGAUGCUGCUUUCUAUAAUCUAUUUUAAUAGUAAUAAUAAUAUGAUUCUGUUACCUUAACUUGGGGGUGGAUCACUACAUUCUUUUUAGAGUCUGAUUUUUAUGGAUUGGAAUAUUUUUGCUUUCCUUUAUUUAUUUGAAGUAAUUAGUCUAGUGGCUACGAAACAAACUCAUAAAUUUUAAAGGCCUUUCUUCGCUUUCGUUCGUUCGUUCGUUUGUUUGUUUUCCCCCUAGGAUAGUAUUUUUAAGUACUCUAGCGUGACAUCCAGCUAACGUGAUACUGUCUCUUUGAAGAAAGAACUCUGUAAAACUCUUUUAGGAAUUUGAAAUUGGGUCUUGACUCUUAAUGCAUGUGGACAGUCGCAAGCGUUCAUGCUGUUGGUGUAUCUGUGUUGAUAAAACCUGUAAUCUACAGCAAAGUACAUUCCGUUCAUGGGAACACCUACCCAAGGGAAUAAAAGCGAAAACAUUAUUCUGACUUAAGUUGUAAACCUAUGCACAUCCCUUGCAUUUUGGGCAACUUUAUAAAAAGAA